AUGUAAAAUUUUGAGACAAAAAUUAAUUAUGAGUCGAUUAUACCUAAAUACAUUUUGGAGGACGUUAAACAGAGGAUACUCAAGUAAUACGAUGAAAUAGACGAAAGAAAUGUGAAUCCUUAAUUAAUAGAUGUGUAUGCAAAGUUGUUUUAAUCAGAUGAUAUUGUGAAGUAGCAUUACGGGCUCGUUGCCAUAAGGAAAUUAAUUAGCACUAAUCAAAAUCCAAUUGAUAUCACAUAAUCUAUAAUAGAGAACAAUUUGGUUCCAAUAUUGAUAUAAAUACUUGAUUAGAAUUCCAAUCAGCUUUUCAUAUUUGAAGCAAUUUGGAUAUUAACAAACAUUGCAAGUGGAACAAAUCAGCAAACGCAAGUUGUUGUGAAAUAUGGAGGCAUACCAACUAUAUUAAAGCAUUUGAAUUCUAUACAUUUAUCCAUAAUAGAAUAAGUCUGCUGGGCCUUAGGGAAUAUAGCAGCAGACGAUGGAGAAUACCGAAGCUAAAUAAUAGGACAGGGAGGACUACAAAGAUUUAUAGAAAUAAGUCAAUAGCUUUAACUAAGAAAUAAUAAGUCUUUAAUAAAGUUAUGCUCGUGGACUAUUAGUAACUUAUGCAGAGGUAAUCCCAACCGACUUAUUGAAGUAAUUCCAUUAACUAAAUAUUUAGAAAUAUAAAAAACAAUUGAUCAAAUAUUUCUCGUCCAUAAUUGACCAAUUUGAUGACAAUGAGACUCUGACUGAUACUUGCUGGGCAUUAUAAUAUAUAAGCAAUUCAAAUUAAGGCUUGGAUCCACAAUAAGAAAUUAUCAAUACAGGAAUGGUUCCAAAACUUAUAUCAUUACUUACUACCAAUUAAAUUAACCCAAUAAUAUUCCCCUGCGUGAGAAUUAUAGGGAAUAUUCUGACAGGAUCUGAGACCUAAACAGACUACGUGUUAAAUCUAAAUAUUUUAGAUGUCUUUGCUGACCUAAUGAAGAGUACUAAAUUAAAGAGUCUAACUAGAGAGGUAUUGAUUAUGAGUGUAACCUUUAGAUUUGCUGGUGCAUUUCUAACAUCACUGCUGGCAGCGUAUAACAGAUUAAGAAAGUGUUAGACAACAAUAAUAUCAUGAAUCUAAUGUUCACAGUGUUUUAGUCAGCAAUUCCUGAAAUCCAAACAGAAAUUGCCUGGGUGUUUGCAAAUGCCACUAACAAAAUAAAGCCGUAGGAUACUAUGAGAUUGGUUGAAAUGGGAACACUGGAGAUCUUUGCAACAACAUUGAAACUUCAAAGGACCUAACCUAAAUAGAAAUAGGAUAUCCUCAAAUCAUUAGAUACCAUAUUUAUCAAUUGUACCCAAAUUAAUUGAUUUUUAGUAAGCUAACUUUAUGGAACAUAGAAGGAGUACAUAAUCGAUUUCUUCAACAUACAUGAUAAAAUUUAACAAUAUGAAUUAGAAAAUUAAGACAGACGAGAAAUUAAUUUUGAAUAAGAGUAUUUUGAUAGGUGGAAGCAAUAGAUUGAAAAUUGAAUGGC